CAGGUGACAUUUCUUACUUCCACAAAUCAAUUAAUUUUUUCUUCUCGUUUUGCACUUUGCUUACCAAAAAUAUAUAAAAAUAAAAAUGUCCUUUAAAUUAAUAAAUAAAUUGUUACUCUUCGGAGGAUUUGCAUCUUUGGCUCAUGCUGCCUUUUCUGCAGCUCAUCAUCGAACUUAUCUUCGUGUCACAGAACAGGACUGGAAUCAGUUGCCUCUUGAUAUAAUAAUCCAAACAGUAAUGAGUUUAAUUGUUAUCAUUUACAACAUCAUACAAAUUGUGGCGGACUUUAAAGAAAUCCGUGCUGCUGUCGAUUUGCAAGGAAAGUCUUGGGAAACUUUGGGUAAUCUGCCUUCUUUCUAUUCCUUCAAUCAUCGAGGUAAAGCGUUGCAUCCUUCAUAUGAACCGCCGAUGGGAGGACGAAGUGAUUUGAUGAUGAAUGACUAAGCAAAGGAUUUAGCUAGAUCAUAGAAUUGUAGAACAUUUUAGUAUGAAUGGAAUUGUAUGGUGUUUGAUUUUUCUUUCUUUUUUUAGAUUAAAUGAUGAAUUCAAAA